CACUAACAGAAGAGUUCUCCCUCGCAUUUUCUAUCGCCAUGUUGCGGAGUUGACAGACUUACGAAAAUGUCUCUUCUUCUACUUCUAAAAACUUGCUCCAAUCUUCGAGGGAAAUCUGACCGAAUAGCGAGGGUCACUUUUAGAGGUAUGUUUUUUAAAAUUCUUCAAGAAUUAACAGCUGUCAGCAGCUUGAAGUUUCUAAGGAAGCCUUUCUGGCAAUCGCAAACGAUUCGCGGUAAAUUUUGUUAGUGGGCUUCGAAAGUCGCUCUCAGUCGUUCUUUUACCGUAAUUUUUAUAUGUUUUAUCUGGUUUAAUUUGGAAUUUUUUAUUUUAAGUUUUAUAAUCAUUUUCAAAGGCACGAUCCAUUCUCUAGACUGGUUUAUGUUGUAGCUGGUGAAUUUUUCUUAAUUAUUCAAGUUGUGUAGUUCGGCUUAAUUGCGCGCUAAGCGUUUUACAUGGUUUUCUUCGUUGGGAAUUCUCAUCGUUUUAUUGCUUUUGUGAUCCCCAAACUUCGUCAAGCUCAUAAAACACCGCUUCAGUUGCAUAGCUUUUAUUCAAGAGUCCAUUUCACCGAGAAUAUAUAUCUGUUUGUUAGUUGGCAGUGAUAUUUCGAGUUGUCUUGGUUUUCAGUGUGGCAAAUUUUCGAAAAUUAAUUAUUGUAAAGUUCUUUUAAGGUAAAUGAGAAAUCCUUCGAUUGUCUUUCGCUCAAAAAUUGUCAAAACACCGUUUUCUUCGAAAAUCCUACCGAGUAAUUCUAUAUUGCGUUAGAAGUUACAAGCGUUUGAUGUUAACCUUCCUUCCGUAAACCGAUCGCGGUGGUCGAGAAAAUCAUUCAACCAUGCAAACUUCAGCAUAGUUUGAAUUUCUUUUAAAUGUUGAAGUUGUCAUUUCUUCGUUAAAAAAAACUCUGUCUCAGUAGGAUGGCUAAAUUAGAACCUGUGUCAUUUAUUUUGGGUUUAGAAGGCAAUAUUUUAUCGUUUCUGCGUGGAAGAUUUACAAUGUUGGUCCGCCAACUUAAAUGUCUUCGAAUGCUUCCGGCAGAAACAUGGCGGUGGGCUAUGUAGAUUUCAUAUUUAUCUAUGUCGCAAUUUUUUCGUAGGACUGUAAAAUUUUAUUUUUGCAGCAUUCUUUAUAAUUUUACUCUGUGUAAGGGUGAAUGUUACUUAAAAAUAUCUGUCAAUAUAGAUCAAUCACAAGAAUUACUUUCAAUGUGUGUCAUAAUUUUUAUUGUGUAAACAAACGAGAAAUUUAACGACAAUGUUUUCAUGCCAAACUUUUCAGCGAGAGAAAUAAAUAUGUGUACGAGUUUGAAAGCGACUUGAUAUUUGUUAUUUUUUUAAAAUUUCAUUGCAUUUGAAUGUGUGGUAAAUGGUUAUUAUUAUUUAGAAUAUGUUUCCUUCCUGUAAAAAGGAAAGAAAGUCCCUCUAAUAGUUGAAUUAUAUUUACAGUACAGAGUUAAAUUUAUUCCUUUGUACUGAUAAAUCGAAUGUCAGAUUACCAGACUGAACUAGGAAGACAAAGCAUGCUCCUGAACUGUGAUAUUUGUCUUUUAUCAUUGAUCAGCAAGCUUAAGCUGGUCUUAUCUGUUGAUCUUGGCUGUGUCAGAGUGAAUUUCAAACAUGGAAAUCUGGAAAACAGAAUUCAAUUUUUUGAGUACAAAAAAUAUGUGAUGUAAUUUUAUUUGAUAAGGCUAACAGGUGAUGAGGUUAAAAUUUCCAAUGAAGAGCUUACAGCACUGACAGAUUUGUGUAAUUUUUUUCUUUUUUGUGUUAUUGGUGUUUCUUUCUAAGUAGCCCCUUUUGUAUGGCUGUUUUGUCUUUAUAAUCCGUCUUGACAAAAAUCUAUCAAUGAGUUAAAACUCUACUUCAAGCAUUGAGUUGUUGAGCAAUUGGUCACAUAGAACAGUAUGAUUUUCUAAACAUGAAUAAUUUUGGAUAAAUUCAUUGUUUAGUCUUGGGUACUCUAUAUGUUUUGACCAUUUCUACGAUUUAAGGAGGAAAAGAAAAGCAUUACCUUGAUUUUGAGUACCUGAAAGAUGCCCAUUGUGGAAUAAAGGCAUACUUGUGUUGACAGAAGUGACUGUGUCCCAAGCAAACUAAUAAAUGAGUGAACCAAAGUUGGAAGCAUGUUUUAGUUUCUGUUUAGAUUGUUUCCCAAAGUGUAAUUUAAACACAUAGUUCAAAUUAAUUACAAGAUUUUUCAAAUUGUUCGUGUUUUCCUCCCAUUUUCUGUUAUUUUAGAUCAAAGUGAUUUAUUCAAAUAGUCAAAGCAAAAUAGAAUUAGAACUUGUUGGAAAACUCAAUAACAAAGGAGAAAGUCUAACAAGUUGAGAUCCAAAGUUUUUCUAUGGAAUUUAUAUGUUUGUAGUGUAUGGUGUUGUUCCAUGUCCUAAGUAUAAGUGUAACGUAAAGGAAAGUCAACGGAGAUUUAUUUAUCGACAAUACAUGUAAACUUGGCCGUGUAGUCAAACCAUUCCUGGCGACACAGGUGUUACAUGAAUGAGACUGACAAGUGUGACAGGGUGACUUCUUACCUCAUACACCAUUAUUUCAGAUAAAUUCAUGUUUUUUCGUUUGUCCUUAGGUGUAACAUAUCAGACAAGUGUUAUUGAAAACUGUUCUGAAGCUGAUUGGGAUGAGGUAUGUAUUGGCUCCCUUAACCUUUGAAUUGGUUAAUCCUUCACACCCUAACAUCAAAAUGGAUAAUUUCUCAAUACUGUUCUCUAUAUAUUUCAUAUGCUAUUAAUUAGGAGAAUUUGUUUAAGAAUCAAGAGCUUCUAUAGUUGGUCAUCAUUUCCUUUGUUCUUGUGUUUCAGAAGUGAUACUGUACGGAGAAAUUAGAUGUUUAAGGGUUAAAAUUUGUUUUAUUCUUUACAUCCUCAUUUCAGUAUGUCUAUUCUCUGUACUGUUCUCUAUACAUUUCCUAUGCUACUAUCAAGGAGAAUUUGUUUUUCAAUCAAGAGCUUAUUAACUCAACGUCAGUCUCUUGUGUGUGUGAUAAGCAUAGGGCAAUUCUAAAACUGACUCCUGUGUUUUGAAGCUUGGAUAAUGCUAUCUACUAGAUAAAUCUCUAUCUGGUGGAUAGUGUAGUUUGUUUUGGAAUCACUUAAUUAUCAGCUGGAUAGCGAUUUAUCCGAUGGAUAGCUUCCAAAACUGGGCUGAGUGGUUUUAUUAACCCUUUCAUCCCAAGAUUUCAUGAGUAAUUCUCCUUACUAUCUGCUAUACAAUUUAUGUGAUGUCAGUUUGGAGAAUUUGGAAUUGGAUCGACCAAUAACCCCAUAAUUGAAAUUUUUCUUUAUUCUCAUCACUUGUCUGCUUGAUAUCAUACUGAUAAUGUAAGGAGAAAUUCUGUCUUGGUCACUAGUGGGACUUUAAGGGUUUAGGGAUAUUUAAGCAAAUCACACUGAGAUGUUUUACCCAUUUAUUUGAAAAAUAAUAUAAUUUCAUUUCAGGACUUUGAGUGGCCUUUGGAGAGUCCACUGGACCCCAGUGAAUUCAUUGAAAUUGAAGUUUACAACUUCAACAAAAUCUUCAACAACAGGUUUGGUUAACUAGUAUUUUGAAUUUUGAAUUAAUUUUUCUGUGGUCAAGUUGCAAUUAGGUUUUAAGGGUGAAACAGCUUUAGAAUAAUCAUUGAUCAAUUUUGAUCAAUUUAUUGAUUACUAUUGAUUUUGAUUAUUAAUUUCAGACUGGUUGGAGUGUUUCGCAUGGUACUCCAAAAGCUCAUUCAAGAUGGGCAUUUGGAAGUCAGAGAAAGUCUUAUUGACAUGAACAACACAGUACUCAAGGUGAGAUUCUGGCUCAAAAUGUGCAUUAGUGUACAGGCAUAACAACUGCCUUGGUACAAUUGCAUAAAGCUAAACCUAAUUACAUAAAUUUUAUGGUUUUUGGGUUGUGUUUUAUAAGCUUUCUGGGAUCCUUAUCACAUCAUGUUCAAUAACAUAUUAUUAUCCCAUUAAAAUGAUGGAAAGUAUGGUUCUAUCCUAUACUGUCACUUGUGCAAUGUACACAUGUUGUCAAACUGUUUCCAAAUUUAAGUGCUAAUGAUUUUCUUCUGCAUCUCUUUUUAGCUCUUUUAUUUAACUGUGAAUUUGUCUUGACUUAAUGUAACAGGGGGAGGUAAACAUUUGAAAUGGUUUCAAUCAGAAACUAUUUGAAAUUUCAGACAGUACUAGAAGUCUAGAGUACUAAAUAAAUGUACAAUCAACAUGUUUCAAUCCUGAUAGCUUUACGAUUUUUGUUGUUUCCGUUUUAGGCCAAUGUUGAACUUGAGUUGCAGUACAACCCUCCUGAAGGAAAUGUAUCCCAGUGGGUGAAUAAUAUCAAUGACUCCCUUGAUGCCUCACCCCAUGUUGGUUACAUGCCUGAUGGGCAUUACCAGAUGGACCCAUACAACCCUGACCCAUACGGGAGAAAAGAGGAAAGGAGGGCAUCAUUCAUGGGAAGCACAUUUGGCAGCAAGGCAUCAAAGAGCCAGUCUAUGACGAGCCUCACCUCUGGAGGCCAGCGGCAUCAUAGUCGAAAGGAGUCAAUGCCUGCUUCCUUUGGAGGAGGUGGACGCCUGAUCACACCUGGUGAGGGUGGAAUGGGUGGAUCACCUUUUGAUGCAAUGUUGAAAGGAGGUGAAGGACUUGGAAGCCGAAGAGGAUCACAGAUCAGUAUGCAGAGUGAUAGAAGCAUGAGCAUGAAGUGGUAAGUUAACUGUUUCAUACUACACCUAGGAGUGACCAAAAAGGAAUUUCUCCCUUCCAUAUCAAAACUUUUUCAAGGAGGAAGGUAACGAGAAGUGAGAAAAAUGUCAGCUAGAGAGAAUUCCUUAACCCCUUCACCCCCAAGAUCUGAUUGGUAAUUUUUCUUACUAUCUGCCAUAUAAUUCUUAUGAUGCUAGUUCAGAGAAUUUGGUAUUGGAUCAACUAAUCGGAAGCUUGUUUAUAAAACUUUUAUUAGGUGGACAUUAUUAUGCAAUCAUAGUGUUGGACAGAUACAAAACAGCCUUUUCUUCUUUAUUCUUAAUGCAGCAGUCACGCCCAUCCAAGAGUAAGAGCGGAGAAGAAAAUGUCAGUUAGAGAACAGGAUUAUCAGGUAGGGUGAAUUUGAUUUUUGUCAUACCACAGUUUAUCUUCAGAUUGUUAAUUAUAGUAACUGUUUCUUUUUUCCUGGAUCGGUUACUUGAACCUUUAACAUCUCAGCAUCAGUAUACGUAUUCUCUACACUCACCUCUACAUGUUACCCAUUGAUGCUGACAAGGAGAAUUGGUUUAACAAUCAAAGCUCCUUAUGUUGGUGAUUAUUUCCUGUAUUCUUGCGACCCCAAUGUUUCAUUUAGGAGUGACUUUUAAAGAGCAAUUAGAUGCUAGUCACUCUUAGGGGUCACAAGGUUAAAAUUGUUCUUUUGUUGUUUUCCUAGAUACAAAUUCGAAUUCUUGAGGGAAGGCAACUUGCAGGUACCCAGAUUGAUCCUGUCUGUACUGUAAAUGUCGGUAAUCAAAAGAAGAGUACAACUGUAAAAGAACAGACCAACUGCCCCUUCUGGGAUGAGGUGAGAUGAAUUCUUUGUGUGAGGUAACUAUAUAGCAGCAAUUGAAAAUAAAUCAGUUUUUUAUUUGUAACUGUAAGUUUUAAUCAGUUUCUUGCUAAGUCUGACUCUUUCUACUUGUUAUUUCUUCCCUCAGUUUUUCGUCUUUGAUUUCAAGAUGCCUCCUAUGGUUUUGUUUGACAAGAUCAUCAACUUCCAGGUAAACAACAAUUCUCUGCCUGUCUUGGUGACCAUUAAGUUAUGACACAAUUAUAGAAAAAAAGAGAUUUACAAAUCAUGAUUAUUGCUAUAGCAGGUGUGCCAGAUCAGUCAACUCUUGACACUGACAGUAUUUAACUAUUUGUAGUUAAACAAACUCAUUGUGGUGGCCAAUUCAUGUUAUCAACUUGUUGAAUUAACCAUUUUGUUCUAAGUAAUGUUAACUUGAUUUAAUAAAACACAACUCAACAAGACAAAAACCUGCUAGCAGGGGAAGUGUUGGUCCAAGUCCCAGACCCUAACACUUCCCAUAGUAAUCAAGAUGCUUAAGAGAAGUUUGUUCCUUCAUGAUUGUAUCUGAUAUAUCUAAUGUUUUUGCUAAAUUAAAUGAAGUUUUCAUAGUUCUUUUUAAGAUAAAUUUUCUACUUAUUUGUUUGUUUAUGUUGGAAGGUUUUCACUGGAAGGCAUUUAGUCAGUCAGGGUAACCUGAUUGGGGCAUUUAAGGUAAAAUUGCAAUUAAAUUUAUUUAGCAAUUUUUUUGUUUUUUUUUUUGAAGAAGAUAGAAUAUAUUAAUUAGAGAAAGGUAAUCACAACUUUAGAAACACAAUGACACAAUGUGAAAAAUGAAACUUGUUAAAAAUUUCCAUGUUAAUUAAAGGUGAAUCAAGUGAAAGCCUUGUUUUAUUCUGUGUCUAUUUUUGCAACCACAGUAAACAGUGGUUUUGUUCCAAGUGUUGGUAAUGGCAGUAAGUGUUGUAAUAUCUCUAUACCAUAAAGAAUAUUUCAAAUGAUUAAAUUGGUGAUCUUUAUUUUUUUUGAUUCUCUUGAUGUGAAGAUUGAGCCGAAAAUUUCUUACCAAACUUGAACUAAAAAAAAAUCUGAAUUCAGUGCAUGUACACUUUUUGUCAAGUUUAUCAUAUUCUAAUUUAGAACAUGUUAGAUUUGUAGUAACUUUUGACACAAUUAAUGUGCAUAUCUUUUUCCUUUGAUUAGUUGGAUAUAGGAACUGUUUAUGCUCAACCAGAUCACAGAUUCUGCCGCAGAUGGGCAGUGAUGACAGAUCCUGAAGAAACACUGGGGGCUUCUGGUGCAGGUAUCAAGGUAAGAGGAUGGACUCUUGGUGAUUAAGUUGGGUUGUUUACGUUAGUCAUCUUUGGCACUUCUUAAAGAAAACACAAGUUAUUCUUGACACAGUCUUUCAUUAAUCAUUACACUUUCCUUUUUCAGGGUUAUCUGAAAGUGGACAUCACUGUACUUGGGAAAGGUGAUCCUGCAAAGGUAUGCAGUGUCAUCAGAGAGGUUUUGUAAAGAUUUGUGGGUCUAAGUCUUCAUUCUUUAGCCUUCCAUUAUACCUCUCCCCUCAUGCAGUCAUUUUAAAGAAAUUGUGAUGCACUUUAAAACUGAAUCCAAAGAAACUUUCCAUUUUUUGCAGGAACCUCCAGGCGUUAAGGACAGUGAUGAUGAUAUUGAAGGGUAUGUCUCUAUUUUGAUAAUUUUGAAUAUUUAUUCAACAUUUUCCUGAACAUGAAUGGCUGUUACACCUCCAUUAGAUAAAUUUAAUUAAAGACUUCUUUCUCUAUAGGAGUUGAAGGGUGCAAAUUUUUAGUUAAAUGGAAAAUGUUUGUGUCCAUAGGAAUCUCCUACUGCCUGAAGGAGUUCCUGCUGAAAGACCAAAAGCCAGGAUUAUAGUCAAAAUUUACAGAGCUGAAGGAUUGCCAAAGAGUAAGGGACUUAAAAAUUAUGAUGAUCCUCUCACAUCUAGGAUGUUGAAACUAUGGUUUCCUGAUUAACCUGAGGAUUUUUUGUUACAACAAAUACACUCCUGUGUUGAGAACUUUUUACUGCAGACUAAGAAAAUUGUUAGGAGAAUAAUGUGUGGGUAUUAAAAGUUUUUGUUUCAUUCUUUUUUUUUCAGUGAAUAGUGGUCUCAUGGCCAAUGUCAAGAAAGCAUUCACAGGAGAAGUAAGAAUGUAACUUUAUAAAUGAUUGUAGCUUGACUAAAGUGUGGUUUUACUUAAGAAACAAAUUUAAACCUGCAUGAUUCUUUUGUUCAGCUUAUCUGAGAUAUAAAACCUAGAUAGUCAUUCUUAUUAGUAAUUUAAGAGGUGCCCUUGAAAUUAAGUACUGCCUCAAGGGCUUAGGGUAAGAAAAAUUGAAUAUCCGGUAAGAUUAUUUUGGUCCAAACUCAUAGCCUGGCAGUUAGCCAGAGCCAGUUUAGAGUGUCUUCAAAUUGAUAGUCAAGAUUAUCCUGCAACUCAAUGCAACUUGUUAAAAAAGUUUUCAAUAGUUACAAAGCUUACUUGCUUAUAUUUUGGUAUCUUUUGUACCGACUGCUAACCAGAAGUGUGGGACAAAAAAAAUUUUGACUCCCCCAAGAGGAAUCAAACCUCAAACCUUCAGAUUCUGUGCUCUGAUGCUAUGUAAUCACUGACAGAUAUGUGCGUUGUGAUGUAAUGUUAGUGGGAUAAUUGUAGGCUAGCAUCCGUCUGACAAGGAUAUGUUUGAUUUCCUGAUAGGUGCGAGACCUUGUGGACCCAUAUGUGGAAGUUUGUUUUGCAGGACACAAAGUGAGUUUUGUUUCAUUUAAUUUCUGAACAUGAUUUGACACUUGGCUAAUUUUGAUGGAAACAAAUUCAUGCAAAUACGUUUUUACUACUUAUUUUGCAGGCCAGAACAACUGUUAAGAAGAACACAUAUGAACCAAAAUGGAAUGAACAGAUUGUUUUCUCAGAGUUGGUAUGUUUUUACUGGGUUUUGUGAUAGGCACUCUUCAGGUAUCUUGUUUACAUGUGGCUUUAAUUUGUUUGUUAUUGAAAAUAAAUCGAUUGAACUAAUUUUUUUGUCUUUACAGUUUCCUCCACUUUGCAGAAGAAUGAAGGUUCAACUAAAGGACAGGUAAUUGAAUAAAUUUUGUGUUUGUCCAUUUGACAGUGUUUGUCUGUCUAUCUGUCGGACUGUUCUUUUCAGUCUGCCAUCUGUUUGUUGGUCUGUCUGUCUCCUGGUAUGGUCCUUGAUUAGUCUGUCUGUUGGUCUGUCUGUCAGUCCGUAGGUUGGUCAGUUGGUCUCUCCUUUGGUUGGUCUGUUGUGCAGGUGGUUGAUCUCUUGUUUGGUUGGUCUGUUAUUCAGCAUGUAGACCCAUCUGUUGGUCUGUCCUUUUGGCAGGUAUAUUAUGGUGAUUUGUUUAGUUGAUCUGUCAGCCAGUCUGUUGGGUCUGUUGGUCUAUUGGUUGAUCUGUCCUUAGGUUAGCCUGUUGUUUGAUCUGUCCAUCGGUCAGUAAGAUGGUUGGUCUGUCUGUCUGUCAGUCAGUUGGUCUAUUUGUCAUUCUUUUGAUUAACUAAUGGGUCUGUCAGUCAUUUGGGUAAUUGAUUGGUUGGUUAGCCUUAAGCAAUUGUCUUCAUGCACCCUUUAAAAAAAAAGCAACUUAAAGUGGCUUAUAUGCAGGUAGAAUAUCAAUAGAAAUCCUGUUCAUGAAGUUUGACAUCACUCUGUUCUCUUUUAUUCAGUGACUCUGUUUCUGAUGAAGUGAUUGGCACACAUUUCAUUGACCUCUCCAGGAUAUCUAAUGAUGGUGCUAAUGGUAUGAAUGAAUUGCUUGUAGCAAUUUCAUUUUAUGUAUCUUGUUGUGUUGUGUUGAUUUACAUUUGUGUUUGUGUAACUGGACAAAGGCAUCAGAAAGGUUUUUUUUUUGUAUCUGACCCAGUGGUAUUUGUGUAACAUUUGAAAUAUUCUCUGGUUUAAAACCUGGGUAGAUUUUAACCUAUCUAACUUCACUUCUAAAUAAUUAAUAAAUUGAUAUUUUGUUUAAUUUAGGAACUUAUUUUGAUGUCUUUGUCUUUUUUGACCCAUCCUUAUCCAGACUGUAAAAAUGUCUUCAAAAAUGUUCAAUUUCAGCAUGAUUUCUCUGUAAUCAAAACAUAUUUUUCUUUAAUUAGAGGUGGUAUUCAGAGAUUUCUUCAUCUUUUUUGAUCAUUGAGUUAUCAUUUUCACUGUGUGCCUGACAAGAAGGCCUGAAAUGAUCAAAUUAUCAUUAACAGUUACAAUUGAUUAAACGGAAACUCAGGCAAGAAUCGAUCAGUUGUCAAUUUGGAGGUACUAAAUUUUCUGCACAGUGCUGGGCCAGAAUGGGUUAAAUGUCCUAUUUUAAUGGGAGAAGUAUGUUACAGAAACUCUUGGGAAAUUUUAAUUUUAUCUCAACCAUUUGAAUGUGUGUAAUGAUGAUUUGAUAACUAUUUGCAAUCUCAAAACAUGGCAAGUACUGAAUUUUUUAUGGUGCUUUUGCAUGGUGAAGGGAAAAAUUGUGUCUUUUCUGGAACAUACUUCCCUCUUAAACCAGUUUGUACUCAGUUUGAUGUUUUUAAUGCAUAUAUAUUACACUUUACAUUUGGACCUCUGUGCAUGGUUAUUGUAAUACAUCUAACGCUUUCUGAUGCUCAUACCUAACUUAACACUCUGCUCAUUUAUGCUUUGCAUUUAUAAUGUAAGGUUUAUUAUACUGACAGAAUAUCCAUACAUCCCAUUCAGUAACUGAAAAUGAGAAUUAAAAACUCUUCUUAUUGAUACUUAUUAUUUUAUUUCUCUUUGUCUAAAUGACCAGUUCACUUUUCUUUGCUUGUUUCUUAUUGGUUGCUGAUUUUUGGGUUUAUGUUUUUCCAUGACAUUUUUACUGCUUGAAACUCUGGUAUUUUUUAUGCAGCUUUGUGCUCUUGUUGCUUACUGUUUGACUAAUCUUUGAUGCAAUUUUAUCACAAGUUAUAACACUGUGGUCUUGCAUCUCUGAAUUCUUUGUUUGCCAUCUCUCUUUCUUUAAUGCCAUUGAAACAGAGCCAAGGAACUUUGUCUUUGAAUGCUUAAUUUGAUUUAGCCUAAACUCUACAGAAGAGUCAGCCAGUUCUAGCACUCUUAUUUGUGUAAUGGUUUUCUGCUUGUUUUAUUUGCACAAUCAGUGCUUAUUUUCCUUCUGUAUUUUGUCGCAUGUUUUUAAAACUUUUAGUUAGAAGUUUAUAUGUUCUGUUGAAAUCAACUUUAGUUAAGACUAACUAACCAAAAGUGAAAUUAAAAAAUAAUAAUAAAGUAAAGUAAAAGAGAGCCAUAAUGGAUACAUUAUUUCUAAAAUCAAACUGCAUGUUUGUCUCUUACAUUGCAUGGAGAAAGUUUGCACAAGAACGUUUCUCUGCCUCUUUUUGUUGUGUUUAUUCAAGUUAGCAUGGCUAUUGAUUCACAGUCAACAAGAAUGCUUCACUGUUAGAUUGUUGCCUGCUUUUCAGUGGGUGUAUAGAUGUACAUUCAAGCUGGUAAUUCACAAUGCAAAUGGUGUAAUCUAUAUCAUAUGUCUUAUUCCAAUUGUUAUCUAUCAAUGUAUGACAAAGAUGGCUCUUGCAAUUUCAAAUCACAUUUAGUGCUCCAUUUACAUGCACUGUAACAUGAGAUAUCUUGGCAUUGCUUUUACUGGCUGAAAUUUAUCACUGCAUUGUAAAUCAAGAAGAAAAAAGGACUGGAUCAAAUUUUCUGCAGCACAAAUAUGACAAUUGAACAAAUAUGACAAUUAAGGUAGUGAAAUAUUGACAUGAAGUGAAGACUAAUUAAAUGCACAGCUUGUAUUAAUUCUGACCAAGAAGGAUGUUUUCCAGACAAAAUAAUACUUUUUUUUGCCAACAUUCUUUUUUUUUUUUCCAAAACAUUUGAGUUUUAUUUUUUUCCAGAAAAGGCUGCGAUGAAUCAAUAAUUGUUGUCUUUGAGUGGUUUUCUUGUUUCCAUUGGAACUUCUUUUUGUUUUAAAUGUGAAGUAUGAGAGCAACCUGUCCAUAACUGUCAAUUAACCAGCCACAAUUUAUACUAAUAUAAACAAAGAAAUGUAAGUCAUCUAUUGCAACAAAAUUUUAGAAAAGUGCACAUGUCCAAAGUUCUCGUGUCAUGAAAUCCCAGCCAUAAAAAUGCAUGCUGUAAUGGUUGUUAGAUUGAUUCCUCUCACAGUUUUGCACAGUGUAGCUUUUCCAACUAUCUCCUUCAUGGCUGUUAGUGAGGUGAUGGGGCGUGUCUGUGUAUGCAUGUGCCUGCCUUUCUGCAUGUCUAACUUAAGCUGGCUGACUAUACAGGGUGGCUAUCAGAGGUCUAUAUUCCAGGCUCGGGCAUAAAAGUUCCUGGCUCAAUUCAGGCUCCUGGUGUGUAUAUAUGCUGCUGCCUGCCUUCUCUAGUUCUUAAAUCUAUCCUUAGUUAUUCCUACGUACGUGUGUGUAACUGCACUUAAAAGUGGUACAACUUUUUUAUCCUUAAUUAUCCCUAAAUCCAUGGGUGUAACUGCACUUUAAAAUUGUACAACGUGGCAGAAAUCUACCCUAAACUUCUGCAUGUGUAUUAUGUAAAUUGUAGAUUUUAUGCCAAAAGAUAAUGAAUCUAUGGCUGCAGCUAUAACUUGCACCAACUGAGUCGACGUUUGAAUAUUCUCCUCAAUACUUACUAAAUACUGGAAUUAAAAUGUAGUUUUACUAUUAAUUUUUCUUAAAAAUUUUCACCUCUUUUCCUUAAAUGCACUAAUGAUAAAACUUGGGCACCAGGUUUAAAUAUCGUCAUAAACACAGGAAAAUGAAUUUACUUUGAAUUCUUGUAAAUUAUCUUUUACAGACUGAGUUUAUAAACACCAUGUUGCUUUAAGAAUCAAAUAAUUUAAACCGUAAAAGAUUUAAUUAUGCACCCUCGGAUAAUUCCCUUCUAAAGAUGCUUGCACACUUUCCUCCAAACUGGUCUCCCAGCUGUUUUUCUAUUUCAAUCUAACCUCUUCCUUCUAAAUCUGGGACUUGUGCUUUUCCUUCAAAUUCUUCUCAGCUUCUGUGAAGAGUCAAAACAUUCUGAGGAGUCAAUCUUAAUGGUACCCUUUUUUCCCUCAUACAUCUCUUGUAACAAGUUAUACUGACUGGUCUAACAAAAACGUAUCACCUAACCUGACUGAAAAAAACUGUGUGAUUAAGCGUUAAAGGCUGAGACAGAAGGCGACAAGUCUUUUUGAGGGAGUAAGUUGAUGCAAUGCAACAAUUUGCUUCGUGUGACAUGAAGAACUCUUUAGGAAAAAAAAUUGUUCUUGGGGUUAAAUUUUGCAGCUGUGAUCUAUUGCACAAAAUCAAACCUGUCAGAUUUCACAUGAACGAUCACAAGAAAAAAAUAAUCUCACCAAAGUUCACCAUGUCACCCAAAGUGAACUGUUGCAGUGACUUGCUAUUUAUCUUAGCAGCUUGUUCUUAUUAGCUGUGCCUUUGACUUGUCGCCAAGUUUGUCCAGACCUUUACCCAAAAGUGAUUUAGUUUCUCUGUUUAUGAACUCCAGUCCCAGGUGAGAAUGAAGGGGUGGCUCUGUAUUAUUCAGUUGAAAGUGUGCCUGCAGCUUUACCGCAAGGAAGUGAACCAAUGGAAUGGAUCCAUUGUAUGUUAGUUGCAUGGGCAUGUGCAGCGUCUUUGCAAUCAUUACAUUCCCAGGAAGUUUAGUCUUAAAGAAAGCCUCCGCAGGUGGAACAGGGUGUUAAAUUCAUGAGAAUGUCUUAAAAUGUGAAGUAUUGGUGGAACAAAUGGGUAUCAAAACCAAAAUGUUUUAAAAAAUGGAAACAAACACAAGCAAUACUUGUGUUGAAUUUCCCUGUAGAUGAUGGCAUUUUAGACCGGAUAAGAUCGUAUUACAGGCUGGUGGUGCCAAUGGCAUCCUCAAACAAAAGCUUUUAUUCAAAGGAUUCAAAAGGGGAUCAUGUAGAUGAUAGGAGCAACCAAAAAGUGUCACAAAAUCCGAUGCACAUAGAAUUCUGGGGUUUCAAAAUAGCCAAGAUCUAUAUGAAUUAUUUCUUGCUGCAAAUACAUCUUACUAAUGUACGCAAACAGGGUUUAUCUAAAGAGACCGGUUUUCAUAAUUUAACAACAAUUUGUUCCACUAGGGGAGGUUCCCUUUAACGUCAUUGGAACACACUUGGGAACCAAACUGGAAUCCUUUUUUUAAUUGUUUACUCAUUGCAGUUUUGAGGAGUGACAAAAAAAUAUGUAGUUUUUGAUUCUAAUUGAAAAUGAUUGUAAGAAGUUUUUGCCUUAAAAAAAUUUUGAUGGAGAAACUUAUGGUUGUGGUGGUGUUACUACUCCCAUUUCUGACUGUUAAUAUUGGAAUAAAGGUCUCUCACUCAAAACUGUAAUGUAGGAGACAAUAACUUAGUUUAAUGUAGUCACUAGACAUAAAUGUUUAAUAUGAUUCAUGUCAAUGUUGUUUAAAGUUUAUAUUCAAGCUUGAACUGGAUCGUUUCAACGCCUUUUGGUGCAAUAGAAUCGUAAUGUAGAGAUUUGGAGUAGAAGGGCUUUGAUUUGGCAAGAGUUUGCUUUGAAGACGCUCUUACAUUGGGUGAUAACAUGAGUCAUUUAACAAUUUUCUGGUUCAAGCUUGACUUGUUCACUUGAAUGAUUUUGCUAAAUGUAUCUUGUCCAUUUUUAUUUUUUUGUGGCAUUUUUGUUUAUUUGCUGGUGGUCACUUAUCAACAUGUCGGGGUGACAUCGGCCUGUGAAGUUCAUAAAUAUCCAGCUGAUAUUGGUAAAUAUUUUACUUGUAUUCAAUGCAUUGAAUGCCUGUCGGUGCCUGCCAUACACCAAAUCAAAAUAUGGCAUCCAAUUUUAAUUGCCAUCGUUCUGGACUGACUAGUCUCAUCUUCACGUGGAAACACAAAGGAUUAUCACGCGUGAGAGGCUAGUCAGUCCAGAACUAUGGAAUUCAAAUUGGAUGCCAUAUUUCGAUUCAGUGUAUUAUGUUCCUAUAGCAGUCUUAGAAAAUUCACUUUUGCCUAUAACAUUUUUUGUGGUCAAAACGAACCAGUAAAGGCUUACUGGUACUACACAAGUCCUUGGCCACCAUCCAUAGUUUUUGUUAUUGGUAUGUAAACAAUAGAAAAGAUAAGAGAAAUGGUUUUUGAAGCUGUUAUGAGAAGGAACACAGGAGCAGGUAGAACACAGAGAUACUUGUCUUCAGUAGUGUAAACCUGAAACAUAGAACUUCUUGUAACUAUUAUUUAAUGCACCAUCAUGUCAACACUGUAAUUGUUAGGAGUUCCAACCUCACUGUCAUUUUUUUUACAAUACAUUGGAAAAGGAUUAACGUGUGUAACCCCGGGAGUGACUGGAAAGGAAUCUCUCGUUACCAAAUCGAUACAUUUUCAAGUGAAAGGGAAAUAGGAUAAAAAGAAAAAGAUAGACCAGGGGAUGCUGUUUAAUCAAACUCCAAAUUCUCAGAGCUAUGAAUGUUUGGGAGUUGAUCUUUAUAUCUCGGAAAAGAAAGGGUCAAUGUGAAAGAAUCAGGCAAUCGACCAUCGAGUUACUAUUAUUGAUAAUUAAUAAUUUGGAAUGACAGCUAAUCCAAAACACGUAAGGUAAUUUGGAAUCCUGAUAUUUUUGAGGAUCACAUCAUUUUCAGAACAAUGCUCGGGAAAUGUUACAAGCUGUUACAUUACAACACUCAUCAAAAGAUCUUUCUCAUUCCAUGUUUGCAAAUCACUUGGCGAACCAAGAACAUUCUUCAUAUUCAUAAACUCACAUUUAGAAAAGUUUUGUAAUUCUGUUAGUAUUGUUGUUGUUAACAGACUAAUGCAUGUUGAGGUUCUGCCAGGAGAAGAGUUCACUGCUCUAAGACACAUUUAGUGCUACAUGCUACACAAUAUUUGUUCAUAAAUUAUGGACUUAAAGCAGCAUUUCUUUUUGCAUGAAUCUAAUUGAUGAGGUCGUUAGAACUGGCUGGCAGAAUGAAAUUGCUGUUCCCUUUUUGACUGCUCUGAAGUGCUAUAACUAAUAUAGCAGAUGGACUUGGCUUUUGGAAAGAAAUUCAGCAUGCAUGACCGUAAAUAACCAGAGCAUCAUGUGUGUGUAUGAGUUGUGUGGUGGUUUUUUCAUUACCAUGAAUAUUUUCGUAAACCAUGGUCGUGUACAUGUAUGCAUUGUUGUGGUAUUUUCAAGUCAGCUUAAGCAGAGUUUUUUAGUCAAGUAUUUAAAUUAUUUUUUGAGGUCAGAUGAAAUAAGUGGUCUUUUUCAUAAUUUACUCCAUAAUACUAGAAUUGUGAGAUUUGAGACUCUGAAGAGGAGGAUCAUUCCGACAGUCUGAUUUGUAAGGUUUUUAUUUAAGAAGAGGGAAGCUGCGUAUUUUCCCCCAUUCACUGCAUGGACCACGACACAAAUAGCUGUAAAUCUGACUUGUAUGAGAUUUCUCCUCUUCAGAAAUCAAUUGGUCCAAUUUCACGUGGCUAUUGAUAUGUUAAUUUUUAAAAAUUCACUUAUUUGAUUCCAUUGUUGAGGUAUUCUGUCUAACAAAUGCUCGCAGGUUUUAUGCCCACAUUUGGUCCAUGCUGGGUGAACCUUUAUGGAUCUACAAGGGAUUACUCACUGUUUGAUGAACACAACGAUCUAAACAAUGGACUGGUAGGUCAUCCAAACAUACACCGUAAGACUGAAAAAAAAAAAAAAGGUUUAAUGUUUAGUAGUAAGUCGUGGCGUUAAAAGUGUACCCUUAGAAAAAAUUUCAGAAAUUAACUGAUAUCCUGGUAUGAACUGUCAUGUCCUCAAAGGAUUUCUUCGGUGGCUGUUUACUUUCCGUCUCCUUCGGAAACAAAUGCUACAGGUGUAUAGACUUUUUUAUUCUGAAUAAACUGCAAAUCGACAGCUACGUCCAGUGGCUUACUAUGAUGCACUUGCCUCAAGUCAAAAACACAAAGUAUCACAAAUUGCACUUUUUUUUAGUGAUUAAAAGCACAACUUGUUAAUUUUUGUGUAAUAGCACUUGCAGUAGUCUUUGCUCGUAAGACCCUAUAAUCCCUAAAAUAUUGUUUUUAGUGUUGGUACAUAUAUGCAAAUUGUUUUGUAGAAAGCUAGUCAUGAGCAAUUAUGUGUUGCAAGAGAAGAGUGAGAUCAUUUUCGAUAAUGAUAGGCUCAACAAAUCAAUUUGUUUUAGUGGAAAACUCCAGUAAUAAUAGUCUGGUUUGAUUACCUGUUGACCUAAUUUUGAAUUUAGGGAGAAGGUGUGGCUUACAGAGGGAGACUGUUGAUGGCGGUACAAGCAGAGUUUGGAGAAUCUGCAUCAGAGGCUGGAAUCCGUCAGGUGGAGGUGGAACCAACAGCUCCUAUCUCUGAUGUAAGUUAAAGUUUUCCAGACAAACUACAGUUCGAGCAUCAAUCUCAGAAACAUCAUGUAUCUCUGUGUUAAAUCUAAGUCUGAAUAUGAUUUUGAAGACAAAUUGUUUCCCUUUUGUGAUAAGUGCUGUUUGAGGUACCAAACUUUCUUGAGUAUGGGGCUCCGCUAAUCUCCAGGAUUUUUUCCAGCCUACUUUAAAGUCACAAGUCCACUAUUUUCACAUGGACGGUGCUUUAAAUUAUGUUUUUUCUUUUUUCAGACUGCAGCUGGAAAAGAGGAUCAAUUUCAAUUAUAUGCCUGUUUUUACGAGGCCAGCAUGAUUGAGAGAAAAGUUGGCGACAAGAUGAUACAAUUUGAGAUGAGCAUUGGUAUGGACAUAUGUUUUCCUUGUCAUUGAUUCACAUUUUAGUUUCCGUGGAAUACAUCAGCCUGUAGAACUAUAACUUUGAAUCUUAACAACAAAUGCUUUUCUUCAGGUAACUAUGGGAACACAAUUGAUGGACAGGCUCUACCGGGUGAGGUAGUGGACGAGGUACGCAAAAAUGGCGAGAACCCAUUUAUCCACCCACUUACACCACCUGUCAGACCAGUGACCAAUGACAGACAGUAUUACCAUAUACCGUGGGAGGACUCGAAGCCCUGUGCACACGUGAAGUUUACUUGGCAGGAUCAUCGUAGACGACUCUACAACUCUAACGUGCUGCUAAAGAUCUGUGAAAGACUGGUAAGUUUCCUCAUGGUUUCUCUAGUGUACUAGUGAUUAGCAGAAAGCUGUGGUUUUUGUGUUUACACUACAGACUGAGAUAUUGAUAGGUUUGACUGUGUUGUGUUGUUACACUGGCUCUCUUUAACCGAAAUCGACUGGUGAAAUCCAUCACUAAGUGAAAACAAGCAAACUGUCAAAAGCGUGGGAAAACGCGUAUGACCAAGUCGCGAUUGCUGUUAGUUUAACAUCCGAUUGGUUGAGAGGGUAGCGCAAGUUUUUGAGCAAUCAAAGAGCGGGGCUAAGCGAUACCUCUGCAAACUUUCGACACGCGCUUUAAAUUACUCAUAAAGAAUUUUAAGGGUAGAAAAACCUGACAUAUCAGUAUACUUGACAGGAGGAUGGUUUGACUGACUGUCUGGAGAGAGUGAAGAUGGACUUACCCAACACCUACCGAUGGCUCAGUCGAGUUCUUGCAGAACUCAUCAACGGAUGCAAGUAAGAAAAUCGUUCUUCAGCAUGGUUGUCUAGAGUCCCAAAUCCAAAAUCGGCCACUAGGAUCCAAGAUACAAAAUCGGCCACUAGAGUCCAAAAUACAAAAUCGGCCACUAGUGUCCAAAGUUCAAAAUCGGCCACUAGUGUCUAAAAUACAAAAUCGGCCACUAGUGUCCAAAAUACAAAAUCGGCCACUAGGUUCCAAAAUACAAAAUCGGCCACUAGGAUCCAAAAUACAAAAUCGGCCACUAGUGUCCAAAAUACAAAACUCGGCCACUAGUGUCCAAAAUACAAAAUCGGCCACUAGGUUCCAAAAUAAAAAUCGGCCACUAGGUUCCAAAAUACAAAAUCGGCCACUAGGAUCCAAAAUACAAAAUCGGCCACUUGGAUCCAAAAUAAAAAAUCGGCCACUAGUAUCCAAAAUCCAAAAUCGGCCACAAGGGUCCAAAAUAGAAAAUUGGCCACUAAGGUCCAAAUUAGAAAAUCGGCCACUAGGGUCCUAAUGGAAAAUCGGCCACUAGGAUCCAAAAUCAAAAAUCGGCCACUAGUGUCCAAAAUCCAAAAUCGGCCACAAGGGUCCAAAAUAGAAAAUAGGCCACUAGGGUCCUGAUGGAAAAUCGGCCACUAGGAUCCAAAAUCAAAAAUAGGCCACUAGUGUCCAAAAUCCAAAAUCGGCCAUAAAGGUUCAAAAUAGAAAAUCGGCCACUAAGGUCCAAAUUAGAAAAUUGGCCACUAGGGUCCUGAUGGAAAAUCGGCCACUAGGGUCCAAAAUGGAAAAUCGGCCACUAGGGUCCAAAAUGGAAAAUCGGCCAUAAGGGUCCGAAUACAACAUCGCCUACUAGGGUCCAAAAUAAAACAUUUGGACACUAGAGUCCAAAAUCCACUAACUAGGGUCUUGCAAAACUCAUCAACAGAUGCAAGUAAGAAAAUCAUACUUCAGCAUGGUUGUCGACUGAUAUUUCAUGCGAAGAUUGCGCACUUUUUCUCAGGGGUCAACGUAGUCGGACAUGGGAUUUAGGAGAAUUUCAGUGCUGACCUUUGGUUUUGAUAUUGUGAUAUCUUUUGCGGACAAAGCAAUUAGUCAAGAGGAUCAUUAAAGCAAAACGAAGUAUGGAUGAGCGAAAUUGGGAAAACUUAAUCAGAUUUCAUGGGGAGAAAUUCUGGAGCAAUGUUUUAUUUCAGUUUAGAGUUAACAGUUCACAAUUUACAAAAACUAUCAUUGUUUUGAUUACUGAAAUUAAAUAAAAAUUUUCACCACUUCAGCCCUUUUUGUGAGGAGCUAUGUUAUUAAAUUUAACGUUCCCGUUCCAUUACAGUCAGUAUCUCAAUCUGGUGAAGUCUAUGCCAUCCUCCUCUCAUGUUGGACGCACCAAGCUGGACAAGGAGCGACUGAAGCUGUGUCAAUACGAGGUAGAGUCUGUGUGUCAGUCAGCGCAGGAGCUGAAGGGGAGCACAAGGGAUGAUGGUCACAUCAAAGACAAUCUCAAGGCUGCCAACGCACUUCUUCAAAGACUUCUUAACAUUGCUAUUGAGGUAUGCUGUUUUGUUCUUCAUUAGAAAUCUUUUGCAGUUGUGGAUGUAAGGAAAGGGUCCUGGGGUUUAUACCACCCCCCUCCCUCCCUUCAUCAGACACUUUUAUGCGAUGACAUCCUGUAACUUACUACAAUGGCUUAAUAUGUUAGCUGGGCGCUUCUGACAGGUUCUUUCAUUAUAACUAAAAUUUUUUUUCCAGGAGAGAAAUCGCGUUAAAUGCUUUGAUUAUGUGUGAAUUAAAAGGUUCCGUAAGUUCACUAUUAAUUUUAAUCUUUAAGACGACUGGGACAGUGUUUGUGACUUUCAUUUUAAAAGCGGAAGAGGGUUUGGAGUUGCAACCGAAACUUCACACAUCAACAAACUUUGUUUUACCUGGGGGGGCUAACUGAAACAACGGUGGUAUUUCCCCUUGUUGAACCAUUACCAACAAAAGCACUGAACAACGCUAAUAAAAAAUGAUCUCUUACAAAAUAAAUACCUGGAAGAUGAUCUAAAAAAUAAAAAAACGUCUAGUUGCUCUAUCGAUUUUAAAGGAGACUGUGAUGAAAGUAAGAGCUAACCCUUCCACGCUGAGUUAGAGGCUUUAAUUAAGCUGUACUUAGGAGCUUGACUCUCUCUUUGUAGCCACAAGAAACAACGCCUGAUGUGUUCAUCUGGAUGCUGUGUGGAGGCAAACGAGUGGCUUACACCCGCAUUCCCAGUCAGCACAUAAUCUACUCCUUGGUGGAAGAAGAGAGAGGAAAAGAUGCAGGCAGAAUGCAAACAGUGUUUCUGAGGGUAAGUCAACUUUCUGUUUAAAGCACUGUUUUCAAAGGCUUGUAAUCCAUGCUAAAGUCAUGAAAACGGCCAAUUAGAGGAAGUGAAAAUACCACAGAGAGCCCAACGACAAGUCGUUUGCCGCUUGAGGUGCGACGAAACGGGUGAGACGAAGGCGUGGUUGGUUCUGGCUUUGCCCCUGAUUUGUUAAGAGGGUGGUGCGAAUUUUACGAACCGAUUACAGAGCGAGGGAAAGCACAGUGAAGUAGGACCCACGAAAAAAGCAUUGGUUCUUUGGUGGGCGGUCUCGCUCAGACAUUCAACCCCCCAGUGGCAAAAACGUUGGACCAAUGUUAGUAUUUGAGGAACUGCGCACCUACCCCUCCCCUAACCAAGCAACAGUCAACUGAUAACAAAUCAGGGUUAAUGUUGGGUUAGGGAAGGGGUAGUUGGGCAGUUGCUCAGAUACUGUUAUUGAUCCGGAAAGUCGAACGUUCCGUCAUCACUUAGGGGAAGCAUAGGGAACCCUUGCACGUAUUAAGCGAAGCCUCCAUUUCUGAUCAUCUACAAUGAGUAUGUGGUAUAAAGACUGAGCUAACAAACACAUUUCCAUGUGGAGAAACUUUCACUGCGACACAUUUUCGAAAUGCAGGCAUCAGGCAGAUGGGAAAUAGACUUUGAAUGUUGUUGUUUUUUCUACCUUCCCAGCUUCCUGGCAAGCGUGGUGACGGACCUAAAGGAUGGGCUAUUCAGGCCAAACUGAAUAUCAUGAUCUGGCUCGGUCUGCACAAACACAAAAAGGAUUAUCUGAAAGAUGCCCCGAAAGGAUACCAGACGGUAUGAUAGUCUUAGCGCUCUCGCUAUUAGGAAGUGACACAAUAAUAAUUUUAACCCCUUAGAAACCAGUCAUUAUUUAUCACCUGGGAGGGGGGGGGGAGAGUGAGGGUCGGAGGAUUUUGAUGUGUGAUGUAAAUCUGAUUGAUUUCCUUCUAAGGCUCUAAUCCCCCCUCAUUGGCUGUUAAUUGGCUGUUCAUUGGCAGUCAAUUUUCUAUACUCUGUUGGCAACAACUGAUUCCCCCUUCCGUUCCCCCUGAAAACCAUGUGACCCCCCAAAAUCCUUCAAGCUCCCUCUCUGAGUACACCACCACCACCACCCCCCCCCAGUCCUUUAGUUUUAGUGUUCAAAGUUGUGAACUAGUCGUCGCCGACAGUAGAGAGAAUGUGUGAGCUUUUGACUCAUGCCUUCUGAACUGGAUCAAUGAACUGGAUCAAUGGUGACAUCUUUUGUGUUUUACUCUUGCAGCCAAAGAACGCUCACAAAUUGAUGGCCCCUCCGCCAAAUCACCUUAUCUACACAGGUAAUGGAGCAAGGGGAAAAAACUUAUCUUGUUGUGACAUGAACAGCAUUUAGUAUCUCAUGGAAAAAAAAUGAGAUUUUAAGACCAUGUGUUUACUAUCAAUUCUUUCAGAAAAACAGAAGUUCCUUUUGCGGGCACACACAUACCAGGCGAGAAGUUUGAUUGGCAGUGAUGCAUCUGGACUUUCAGGUAUUAAUAACAUUCGGAUGACUUCCGCUCAGGUUGUCAGUCACUCCUACCGACCAAAGUCCUUCUCCCCUCGGUAAGACCAUACAAUUACAUGUUACCUCCGGGUUCAAUCCAUAUACUGAAUUACGUUCACCUGCUAGUUUUUGCCCAUGGUGGUUUCUUAGGGAAAGCAAAUAAACCCUUUGCCAACGACGGCGGUACUAGAUAAAGGGUUUUUUUUUUAAUUGCGAGAUGCUCAACUUAGUGCACUUUCAACUUGUGCAAAACAGAAACUUUAAGACUUACGUGUGCGGUUUCCUUAAAUUUGGUCCUCAUUUCACCUUUUCAUGGCAGAUGCCUUUGCCCGAGUGAUCUUCACACACCUUGUGGCUGACACCCGAGUGAUCUGGGAGACAAGGAGUCCAACAUGGGACCAGAUGCUGGUGUUUAGAGACUUGAUUCUGUGGGGAGAUGUUAACGAAAUUGCCGUCAACCCUCCAACCAUUGUCGUUGAAGUAUUUGACAAAGAUAUUGGAGUAAGUUUUUUAAUCUAUCUUUUGGUGCCUCUUGGUCCUGCUUGUCUAUCUACCUGUCUGUCUGUUUUUUAGUAAGCUUUCUAUCAGUCUCUCUGUCUGAUAGUUAGUCUGUCUGUCUGAUUGUGUAUCUUUCUGUCUGUCGGCCAGUCUGUCUCUGCUUGCAUUUUCUGUCUUUGUCGGCCUGUCCGGCUGUCAACCUGUCAGUCAGUUAUCCGUUUGUCGGUUAAUCAGUCAUUUACUCAGCCUUGCUACUUCCUAUCUCGUUAGGGUGAUUCUGAGUUCAUUGGUCGUGCGUUGGCCAGACCAAUUGUAAAGAUGGCCUGUGAACCUUACGAGAAGCCGUUCUUUCCGCCAGCAUUGGAGUGGUUCCAGAUUUUCAGAGGAGAGGAGAAAGCUGGAGAACUACUUGCUGCAUUUGAACUCCUCCAGGUUAAUUAGUCCACCUCUUCAUUUGCUAUUCAAAUCCUUUUUAAGAAUCAGGCUGGGCGCAUGGGUUGCAAUACGCAGAUUCAAAAUUGGCAAUACAGUUCCUCAAAUGUUCCCCAUUUCUUGAUAUCGCCCUAGUCUGCUUUGCAUGUUUCAAAUAACUUUUUUCCCAAAACUCUGAAGAGCCGAAGUGGCCAACAUCUAAACAAUUGGCGUUAACAUUGCACGGUAACGUCUUUUCGUUGGGAGUUGGGGUAGGAUAAUUCAUAUGAAAGGGACACUUCAUUUUGGAACACAUUACACGAAGAAGCAUUCAGCUGAAAGGGGCAGUAAACAGAAAAUUUUCCAUUAGGUGUCGAAAGUAAUACAGGAGUGCAUUCCUUUUGUUUUUCUCCGCUCUGUGACUGGUCAGGAGAAUUCAAACCGCCCUCUAAACCAAUCAAAUGCAAAAGUUUAAACAAGCGCGUUUUUGUGACUCCCAUUUUCCCGCGCUUUAGAUAGUGUGCUCUUUUCACUCUGAGUUUUCAUCGGCUCCUGGUGAUAUUUCACUUACUUGUGAUUGGCUGUUGUGGUUAUCGUGGCUUUGGUAUUACGACAGUCAACCGAAAAGCGCGUUAUUUGCUUGCUAUGGUUUAUGGAGUUGGGGUGACUUUGAGAAAGUUUCAAAUCCAUCCUUUCCUUGUUUUAUCCCUUCAGCUAUCUGAGGGCACAUGCUUCUUACCUACUGAAGUCGAACCUGUCAACACUCCUGAUGGACCAAUCACACCCGUUCCUGACGGCAUCAGGCCUGUUAUGAGGAAGCACAGAAUUGAGGUACUGUUACUUUACAUUUACACUUCUGAAGUAAAAAAAGUUGUUGUAGUUGAUUUUGUGACAUAAAAUAGAUGCCUAGAAAUUAACCUAUGUAGGUGGAAAGGAUGGUAGAAAUUAUUGAGUGUGUGAAGGUUGGAAGUAGUAUCAGAGGAAAGGAAAGUUGAAACCAAUGAUCAAAUUCGUGCACUCAAUGAUGGAAUGACCUAUGACGGAAUGACCAACCGACUGUCUGACCAUCGACCGAUUAACUAUACGACGCAGUAGCCAACUGACUGACACACUUACCUGACCAAGCUUUUGACUGUCUGACCGACAAAACCACUGACUGACCGACCAACCAAUCCCGUACCGUUUGACCGACGGAUUGACUUACCAAUCUAAUGAAGCAAAGAACAGACAAACAAGCAAAGGAAUUCGGAAAGAACGGACGACUUAAUUGCCGACCCACCUGUUAACUUACAGGACAGAAUAACUAACUUCAUGACCGAUCAAACGAACACAUGUGUCAUCCUAGCGUCUCAGUUGCAUCUUUCCUUAUUUCGUAGGCUUUGUUCUGGGGCGUCCGUGAAAUGAAAAGGAUAAAUCUGACCACAGUGGAUAGACCUCAAGUGGACAUCGAUCUUGCUGGUCAUGUUAUACAAUCCACUGUCAUCACAAAUGCCAAGAAAAAUCCCAACUUCCAGAACCCAGUCAUCUUUUUUGAUGUGGUAAGAGAGCUGUGAUCUUAAUGUUAGAGUGAUUUUAUUAACCACUUGCCUCUCCUUUAAUAAUAGCGGAGCUCGCAGCGCGCGAAGCGCGUGCAGCUUAGCCCCAUACUUAUAGGAACUAGUAGUAACCCAUUAAGCUAAAAAAUUUGGACUUACAUUCCAAUUCAAUCGUACGGUAUCAACAGUUUCUUAUUACAUGGAAACAUACUUUGGAAACAAACUACUCAAGACAACCUACUCCAACUUAUUAACAACCUUUUUCAUACCUGAAUCGGAGUUUAUAAUUUUCGCUCUGUAAGGAAGUAAUAAAAAAGUGUUUUCAAGUUUUUCCAUAACAUUCACAUUAUCUGUGGUCACCAUUAUGAGACAUUUUGAUUUCUUUAUUGAGUUCGGGAGAUAUUCUCCCGGACUGAUUUAUGAAACAAUAUCACUAUUGUUGUGUUGCAGGCUGUGUAGGCUUGUCGACAUUCAAAAAUACUUUCAAAAUGAUGACGCUUUCUCUAAAGAGAGACUAACUUUGCUGCCUUAAGUCGACCGUGUCGUGUGUUUUCACUCUGACAAUCUUUGCUAUCACAACAUUAAUUGUAAGCAUUUUCCAACCUCUACAGGAACUACCUGAGAAUGAGCGUUACUGCCCACCGCUGACCAUCCGUGUCAGAGACUGUCGUACGUUCGGUCGCUUUACACUGGUUGGGACUCAUGUCCUGAAUUCACUACACCGCUACUUACAGACUGGAGAGAAAGAGAAGGAGAAACUGGAGAAAGCAGGUCAGACAAUCUCAUGUAUUCGUAAGUUUUUUCCCGUGGAAGUGCCAAGGCCAUGGCGGGGGUUUUUCCAUACGGGAACAGGGUAGGAGGGUUAAACCAGCGGUAUAUUACAAGUUAGGGACGUACCAGGGUGUUGAUACAUUAUUAUAGGAAUAGACAUUCCGUUUAUUUUCGGGAAAAAAAACACAAAAGAGCCAGUUACAAACAAGAAUAAACCACAAUGACUAAGGAUGGAAAAGAUUUAAACAGGUUGUGUAAACAAGGAACUUCAAAACUUUAGGCUUGAUUUUUCACGAUGCCGAAGGUCUACUGUAGUAUCUCCAACAAAAGCUCAUGACAGAUCUUAACUGGUGACUUUCAAUCUCAUUCCACAACAGAAGCCGUCGUAGGAGUAGGGAACACUACUUCUCGUCCAACCUCGCCAGUUCCCAAUGCACCGGCUGAUGUGGCAAUAGAGAUUGAUGAGGAUCCUCCUGAUGCAGCGGAUUCUGAGCCUCUGGUAUGCUGCUAGAUCAUUUCAUCUUAUACUUUAGUUCUGAUAAGCCUAACUUGUCAUGGCUUUUACUCGGUGAAGAAGGCUCAGUUGACGUAAAACAAUGGGGAACAAAACGGUAAAAGAACGACAGCAAUAAGUCAAUGAGGCGCUGUUCUAUUGUGACGUGUCCUGUGUCUUCUGCACCAAGAAGGAGCCAAUUUUCUACAUGGCUUAGAAAGUUAGUUUUGAGUUCUUUUAAAGGAAAAUUUUGAAUGCAUCGUGGAGUUACCUAUAAUUUUGGUGACUUUAACCAUUUAACUCCCAGAAGAGAUUAGCAUGUAGCUUCUCCCUGUAACAUCCAUACAUCAUCCAGGUAACACGUGAUGAGAAUAUUCAAACUUAUCGGGUAGAAGUUAGUAUCGUGAUCUAACACCAAAUUCUGGUCACUGACUUACAAUGAGAUGUUUAACAGCUAGAGGGGAGAGUUGACAAUCACAUCUUGAGAGUUAAAGGGUUAAUCAUUCACGUUCCAUUUGUCUUUAUUCUCACCUCUCUUUAAAUGCUAUGUCAUUCCUUUUCGUGAUACGUCAUUCAAAAACUCUCACUGAAGGUUUCUUCGUUGAUUCUCUGGUUUCACGGCUUUUCUCUUUUUCUCUUGUCUCCUCACGUAGUGAGGCAGGCUUGUACGCUUGCUCUCCAGUUUUUUUUCUAGUCCCAAAGAAAGCCUCUGCAACCUUUCUCUCUGUAUGUCAAUGGCAUCCUUGGGACGUGUCCAGCCAUGUCUGUUAAACUGAGCACUGAUCCCUUAAUUCGAAGGGUAAAGAACAUAGUUCUGUUGACCCAUUCCUCUUUUGAGCGAUUCUGCAACGGCUGUGAUAUCUGAGAGUUCCCCUAGUUCUUAAAAAACCCUUUAUGUACAUGUUUGUGUUUCAUCAUUCUUCUUGUCAUUCAUCUUAUUCACGCGCUGUUUCUCUUUCUCUAUCAUCGCCUUCAUCACAGCUCUAUGCCUAUACACUCAAGGUGAGCGUAUUGUUCCUUUUGUUAACUCCUUAUGUCAAACUUGUUUUCAUAAGUCACUACUGCUGUGUACAAAAAAAUUUCAUUUACUUCUUCAAGUUUUUCAUCAAGCACACUGGCUUAUGUGUCAAUUCAAUUAUAGCUGUGCUGGCGUUAUUGUCACAUUGAAAAUUUUCGCAGUCUUCCGUGAAUCUUAGUCCACUAACCUUGUCUUUAUCGCGGUAUUCGUCGUUAUAUUCGUCUGUUCGCUCAUUAAUACCUGUAAACUUUUUACGCAUUCUUGUAGGGAUCCUUUGCCAUGCGACUGUAAUUUGAGUCUUUUUUAAGCGAGUAUUUUGCGUCUCUCCCUUUAUCACACUCUUUACUCUCUUGGAUUCAUGCAUGGGUGCUGUCUGUAAAUUGUUGUCUUCUUCAUCCUUGCCAUUCUUAUUUCUCUAUGAUUCAUCGUGACCUUUUUCGUGUUUUUCUUCUGCAACAAAUUCUCAUUCUCGAACCGUUUCUUUAAAACCCUGUAUUUCUUUAAGUCGGUUCUGAAGGUCGAUGUUAUGAGGCAUACGAGUGGGCACCAAGAUCAGGAAGAUCUGCGACAAAUUUUCCCAUUUGCUUCUUUUUAAUAAUAUAUCUCACCAUAAUGCGAUUGAUCAAUUCACUGGUGUACCAUACCCAUAAAAUUUGGUAAUAACUUAUCAUGCCGAGAAAAUUUUGGUCUAUCACGUGACCGUAGGUCCGUACAUACAAGUUGCUACCCGCCAUGGCAAAAAAUCUUAUCGAAAGGAAACCAGAGGGAAAACUGGUUGCGGAUCUCUCUUUCAUCUUGACCACUCGUAGGUCUCGUUACAUCAACCUUUAACAGCGAACUUAACUUUGAUCUUAAAGGCGAGUAUCUGUCUCAUGAAAGGACUUUAAAUCAUGAUCUUGUGGUACCUCCUUUUUGAAAGGAAUCUUGUUAUGCAACCUAACACUUAGAAUUAUCUUAUUUAUUAUCUGAGCUGCAGGAGAAAAAGAAGAAGGCCGAGGGAGGGGGAGGUGAGGGGAAAGGCGAGAAAGGAAAAGGUAAAGAGGAUGAUGACGGCGAGGAUGCAUUGGACUGGUGGUCACGGUACUAUGAGACACUGAAGGAUCGUGAACGGAAUGAGAGGAAUGAGGAACAGAAAUCAUCGAGGCCUUCAAAGAAGAAAGAUAAGAGAGAAGAAGAGUCAGAGGAAGAGAAGUUGAAGAAGAAGAUUCCCAGGCUAACGGUGAGAAAAUCGUGUGGGGCGAUUUUUUGAGCGUCGCAGUGAGCCGAUAAAAGGUUAACGAAAAAAAAGGACAAACUGCAAUAAAGCGCGGGAAAAUGCGAAUGACUCAGCUGCGGUUGGUUCAGUUUUGAAUCUGAUUUGUUUAGAGAGUGGCGCGAGUUCAGGGUCACGCGCGAGUUCAGGGUCACGCGCGAGUUCAGGGUCACGCGUGAGUCCAGGGUCACGCUGCUUCAGUAUUGAUUACUAACCUUACUAUAGUGUUGCUAUACAUUAAUGUAGUUGUUUUCAACUAUCAAGUUACACAAAAUGAAAAAUAUUCGUUGUGUGAUUUUUUUUUAUGGCAGAUUUUUGACUCAGAAUUGGAAAAUUUGCUAGAGUACAACGGCUUCAACGACUGGCUUCAUUCUUUCCCACUCUACCGCGGCAAGAAGACAAGUGAGGAUGACGACGAUGACCACAGGAUUGUGGGGAAAUUCAAG